AUGAGUUUAAAACGUAAGUGUUUGUCAAUUUCUGACAAGAAAAGAAUAAUUGAAGCAGUCGAAAGUAGCAAAAAGAAAAAAGAUGUAGCGGAUAGUUUUCAAAUCCCUUCUUCAUCACUUUCUACAAUUUUGAAACAGAAAGAAGCGAUUUUUAAUAAAACUGACGCAGAAGGUAGCCGAAAAAAGAACCGACCAAGUGAGUUUUCCCGUUUAGAACAGUGUUUGUUCACUUGGUUCAAUCAAGUUAGGCAGCAAAACAUUCCAGUGAGUGGUAUAUUAAUCAAGGAAAAAGCCAAAAGUUUUGCUGAAAUAUUAGAUAUCUCAGAUUUUACUGCUAGUGAUGGCUGGUUAUCUAAUUUUAAAAAGCGUCAUAACUUGGUGUUCAGAAAAAUUUGUGGAGAAAGUGCAAGCGUCGAUAAUGGUAUCUGUGAGAAUUGGAAGGUGAAACUUCAAUACUUGUUAUGUGAAUACGAUCCGAAAAAUGUGUUCAAUGCUGACGAGACAGGACUAUUUUUUAAAUGUUUACCAGACCGAACACUAACGUAUAAAAAUGAAAAGUGCCAUGGAGGAAAACUGAGUAAGGAGCGAGUUACAUUACUUUUUGCGGUAAAUAUGGAUGGUUCGGAGAAAUUGAAGCCCUUAUUUAUAGGUAAAUCCGCUAAACCUAGGUGCUAUAAAAACGUCAAAUCUUUGCCGGUGAUGUAUAGAAACAACAGAAAAUCGUGGAUGACUACCGAACUUUGGAACGAAUGGCUUGAAACCCUCAACAAUGACAUGCAAAAACAACGCAGAAAAAUUAUCAUAUUCGUUGAUAAUUGCACUGCCCAUAACAAUCUCUCUACUCUCUCUAACGUGCGAAUUGAAUUCUUUCAGAAAGCUUGGAACAAUGUGACUGUACAAACGAUUCGUAACUGCUUUAGAACGUGUGGAUUUGGCAAAACAGAAGACGAAAUCGCUGCCACUUUAGCAGUUGACAAUCAAUGGUAUAGAUUAUCUACUGUUCUAGUCGAGCAGUUAUCAACGUUUGAGGAAUUUGUUGCUAUCGACGAUGAUUCGGCUGUGUGUUUCUCUCAAUGA